AUGCAGAAGAGCCGGAUUUACAGCAAUGGCUGUAGGGACAGUGGAGGCACUACAGCCCCUGAGGUACCCCAUGCCCCACUGGCCAUCACCUUCUCCUGGAACAGAGAUGAUCUUGUUAUUCUCAUUUCAGAUUCUAAGAGAGCAACUGGUGAUGAGAAGCCGUCAAAAGCUUGAAUUUCUGAGGAUGGAAGUUCAACUACGGCACUAUCAGAACAACUUUUAGUGAUGGAGACCUUGGCCUGUGAGUCCAAGGAGGUCUCUGAGUUCCCCCUAGAGGGACUGCUGGAGUGCCCAGGACAGAGCCUGAGGGAUGCCCCUGCUCAGGAGCCACCUUUCAGACAGGUGGCAGAGACAGCCCAGAUGUGCACCAAGUCAGGAAGAAGCCCUGUUCUCAACUCCAACCUUUUUGUACUUCAGAGAGAACUCAGAGAAGGGGAGGGUCACCCAUGUGACACUGGUGGCAGCGGCUUCACUUUUCAUUCAGAUCUGAUGAGACAUCAGCUCUCUCACAGCCGGGAGAACCUUCCCAAAUGUGAUCCCUGUGGGAAAGGCUUCAGUCAGAGCUCACACCUGGCUGAGCACCAGAGGAGUGAUGUUGGAGAGAGACUGUACGCGUGCAGCGUGUGCCGGAAACAGUUCCUGCAGUACACGAGCCUCUCUGACCAUCAGAGAGUCCAUGCCGGAGAGAAACCCUUCAAAUGUGCUCAGUGUGGGAAAGGCUUCUGCCACCGCUCCAACCUCACCCAACACCAGAGAGUUCACACCCGUGAGAGACCUUAUGAAUGCAAGGAAUGUGGCAAGGGCUUCAGUCAGAGCUCUCUGCUCAUUCGCCAUCAGAGGAUCCACACGGGAGAGCGGCCCUAUGAGUGUAAUGAGUGUGGCAAGUCCUUCAUUCGGAGCUCCAGCCUCAUCCGCCAUUACCAGAUCCACACGGAAGUGAAGCAGUACGAGUGUAAAGAGUGUGGGAAAGCCUUCCGGCACCGAUCAGACCUCAUUGAGCACCAGAGAAUCCACACUGGAGAAAGGCCUUUUGAAUGCAGUGAGUGUGGCAAAGCCUUUAUCCGGAGCUCCAAGCUGAUCCAGCAUCAGAGAAUUCAUACUGGGGAGAGACCGUACGUGUGUCAGGAAUGCGGGAAGCGCUUCAGCCAGACCUCGAACUUCACUCAGCAUCAGAGGAUUCACACCCGAGAGAAGCUCUUUGAGUGUGAUGAAUGUGGGAAGGCUUUCUUUCUGAGUUCAUACCUCAUCCGACAUCAGAAAAUUCACACUGGGGAGAGAGUGUACGAGUGUAAAGAAUGUGGGAAGGCUUUUUUGCAGAAAUCCCACUUGACUGAGCAUCAGAAGAUCCACUCAGGGGAGAGGCCCUUUGAGUGUAAGGACUGCGGGAAAGCCUUCAUCCAGAGCUCCAAGCUGCUGCUCCACCAGGUCGUUCACACCGGGGAGAAGCCCUACGUGUGCAGUCACUGUGGGAAAGGCUUUAUUCAGAGGUCAAACUUCAUCCAGCAUCAGAAACUUCAUGCAGAAGAGAAGGAGCUCUAUGAGUGCAGUCAGUAUGAGAGAGAUUUUCAUCUGAUCUCGAACUUUAAAAACAAUCAAGGUAUUCCCAAAGAAGGAUUUGACUUAAGUAAAGCACCCAUACAUUUGGAUGUGGAGUCUAUAUGUCCAGGGCAGCUUACUGAGAACUUGGAAAAAUAA